CACAUUUCAUCGAGAAACCAGUAUCUCAGAAGUUAGUCUAAAAAUAUAAGAGACAAUGGCUCGGUUAAGCUACAUUCUAACGUUCAUCAGUAUUGCAUUGAUGUGCGUUCUCGCAGAAGAAAAACUUUAUUCCGAUCAAUAUGACGAUAUUGAUGUAAUGAAAAUCCUCGAGAACGAGAAACUGCGAAAGCAAUAUUAUAAUUGUUAUAUGGAUAAAGAACCAUGCGUGACAGCAGAUGCGAAGUUCUUUAAAGAGAUUUUUAGCGAAGCUCUCCAAAGUAAUUGCAAGAGAUGUACCGAGAAGCAAAAGGACAUACUAAAUCUAAUAGUGGAUUGGUAUACAAAGAACAAACCUGAUGAAUGGGAAGCUCUCGUUGCGAAAUCUCUAGAGGAUAUGAAAAAGAAGAAUGCUAAUUAGCAAUAAGCAAUAAUUGUUGAAAUAACUGACAAGGAAAACACGAAAGGAAUUGAAAAUGUAUAUUAAUCAUCUACGA